CAAAAUAAAAAGGAUAAUAUUCUGAGAUUAUAUUUGUAUUCGUAUGUAUUUGCCAAUGCGAAAAAUCCAACAUUCGGUCAACACUAAGACGUAUCACAUAAUAAUGACAUAUAUACAUUAUUCAUAACAGAGAAUUCGUUUCUUUGAUGAGAAGAUUGUGUGCUAAUAAAACAGACUACAAAAAUAAACGCAUAUUUUUUUACGAAAUUUUACAAGUAUUUUAAUAAUAAUAAUUAUACUUGCUAUCCUAUUGACUUCAACAUUGCAUACUUUUAUUACCUAACAUAAACAGGUUGAUAUCGAUAGCAAUGGUAUACGACUACUUUGAUAAAUAUAGUUUCUUGUGUGAAAUGUAUGAUGAGGAUGCUGACGAAAUAAAAGAUUUAACCCUCAAUUAUUUUCCAUUUGACAAUUCGGUUCAAAUAAUAGACGCGAAGAAAGGCAAAAAUGUUUUGAAACGAGUACAACUACCACCAUUAAAUUUAGAUAUGUUACAAAUCGGUAAUAUAGUUAAUAUAUUUUCAAAAUUAUUAUAUAUCAAGGAUUGCGCUCCUGCUACACGGAAAACGCUUUUCAAAAAUGUGCAAAGUACAUUUGCCAUGAUUAAGCCGAUAGCUCCAAGUGAACAUGGUAAAAUAAUCACAUUCAUCAUGAAAAAUGAUUUUCGCAUCGUUCGAAUGAAAAACGGCAAAAUUUGCAAAGAAUUUGCAAUGGAACUUUACCAAAGCAUAGCCAGUAAUAAUAUGCUACCGAUAAUCAUAGAUUAUGUUACUACUGGUGAAGUUAUAGGACUAGAGCUUGUUGCACCGGAUGCAGUUACAAAAUGGCGACAGUGCCUAGGAGCUACAGACCCUACUGAAGCUGCCCCUGGAACUCUGCGAAACCUUUAUGGCGAGAACAAACUGAAGAACGUAGCACACGGCUGUAAUACAUCGGAGGAUGCAGCAAAGAUGUUGGAAUUAUUUUUUGGUUAUGAAAAAGGAAUACCCAGGGUUCCAUUUAGAGCUACAUUCAAAAAUUGCACAUGCUGUGUUAUUAAGCCCCACGCAGUAAUUGAAGGAAAUAUCGGUUCUAUUUUGGAACAAAUCUCAACCUCUGGAAAAUUCUUUAUAUCAGCUAUGGCUAUGUUCUCAGUUAAGCUUGCAAAUGCAACAGAAUUUUUUGAAGUUUACAAAGGAGUCCUCCCUGAAUACGAGGCAAUGUGUAUUCAUUUGGCUGAGGGGAAAUGUGUUGUAUUAGAGGUAACAAGCACCAACCUUGAAUUGAAUAGCGUUUGUGAAUUCAGAAAGAUGUGUGGACCUAGGGAUCCUGAUUUGUGUCGUCAACUAUACCCAGAAUCCAUCAGAGCUCUCUAUGGAAAAUCUAUAGUACAUAAUGCUGUUCAUUGUACUGAUCUUCCUGAAGAUGGUGAACUAGAAGUUGAAUAUUUCUUUAAACUUGUAGCUAAUGAUUAAAUAUGUUUUAUUAUAAUAUUAUAUUUCCAGUUACUUGUUUUUGUAAUCAUUUUUUACAACAAAAUCAUUUCCUUCUAUUUCAAUUUUGUCAUACAUCCAUUUUCUGUUAAUUCUGAAAAAGAAUUUAAUCUUAGAAUUAUGUGUAUAAUUAUGAAUUACUAUUUUAAAUAAAGAUAAAUGUUCAGUGAAA